UAAAAAUUACGUAUGCAAAUCAUUUUUACUAAAACCAAAUAUUAACUUUCAUAUUUGAUGUUUUCGGUUUUCAAGGAUGGAAAUACAGCGUUACAUUUAGCUACUAAAGGAUGUAAUGAGGCGGUAGUAACUAUUUUAUUAAACAGAGACUGUAAUCCAAACAAACGAAAUAAUGACGGACAUAAGCCAAUGGAUAUAGCAAGAAAUAAGAAAAUUAGACAGCUAUUUAAGGAUUAUCAAUCACGUUUGCCUGGUCUUCCAAUUGAAGUUCAGAAGUUGGAUAAAAAAUCUGCGCAAGUGUUUACCAGUUUAUUAGGAGAAGAAAGUUAUCCACAUUUUGAGUCAAGAGUAAUGUUAGCUGGAGAACAGGGAACAGGGAAGACAACUAUUGCCAGAUAUCUUGUCGGUAAACGUCCAACUAGAAUCAGAAUGUCAACUGAUGGAAUAGAAUUAUACAAUGGUCUUUCAUACAUGGACCGUGAAACAAAGGAAUGGCUUGGAGGAAAGCCAGAAUUUUCUCUGGAAGAAAUCACAGUUAGCAGAUCCCUUUUACGGGAAGACAAAAGAAAUAAAAAUAUUAGAUUACCAGUUACAACGCCAACCAGUCCAGCUGUAUCAGAUGUGACAAAGGACGGAUCAUUGUCGGCCAGCAAAGGAGAUCUUAAACAUACAUCAAAUGAAUCACCAUCGUUCUAUACCAAGUCAUCUACUGAAAGCUCCGUGACAGAAUCUGAGAAAGCCAAAACCCCGUCUGAGCAUCAAUUUCAAACCAUACAUGAUUAUGCUGGUAGUUUGGCAAUAAGUAAUGAAAAGAAACUAUCAGGUCAUGUUUCAGGAGAGAAAUCAAAAAUAGAAGACAACGAUGACAUACAUGAGCCAGAUGUUCAAGACAAAAUCCCUAGUUCAGAAAUGUUAUCAGGUAGAUUUGUUUCUGAUGGGAAAAGUUCAGAUGGCUUCAUCAAUAGGACCGAACAAUUCGCACAGCAUUUUACAACUGGAAAAGAAAAUACUGAUGCUGCAAAUGACAGAGAAAUAUAUGAAGCUUCGCUUGAUGAAUACAAACCAAUGAAUGAAUCUCAUGAUACUUCUUUGGAGUCAGACUUCACUGGUGAUUUGCCUAUAGAAACUGUUACUAAACCUGGAGUUAUCAGAAAGCUGAAAAACUUGUUUGGGGUUACCAAACAAGUCAAAGAAAUCAAAGUGUCAAUCACAAAGGAAAAAUUCUUAGAGAAGUCCUCUAAAGUUGGAAAAAAGAAGUUACACAACAAAAAGAUAGCACCUAUAAUUAUCUGGGAUUUUGGAGGGCAGGAUGUGUUCUAUUCAACUCAUCAGACAUUUUUAACAUACAGAGCUAUUUACAUAAUUGUAUUGGAUGGGAGUAGAAAACUCGAUGAUCCAUGUCCGUAUGAGCAGUACCUUCCAGGAAAAAGUGGACAUAAAACAUCAAAAGAUUAUCUGCUAUUCUGGAUAAACACAAUCGUAACAUACUGCAAAGGACUUAUUCAGGGAUUUCCUAAAAUUAUGAUCGUGUUAACACACAAAGAUCAGGUAACAGCUAAUGAGGUUGAACAAAGACGACAUGACAUAUUUGGAGAAAUCAACAAGAUGUUUCACAAAAAUCCAUUGAUGCAACAAUUGGUGAUUGAUGAUAAAAUAUUUGUAAACGCUAAAGACAAAUAUGAUCCAGAAAUGGCGAAGAUCAAGGCCGCUAUCAUCAGGGAAUCAGAUAGGCAACCAACAUGGGGAGAACCCCUUCCAAAGUGCUUUAUCCCGUUAGAGUUAGAAUGUUCAUCGUUGGUCAGAAGCAACAUCCCGCUGAUUACACUAGAACAUCUAAAGAAAAUAAACUCAUUGCAACCUAUUAGACCGUUGUCAGAAGCUGAGUUGAAGGUUUUUCUGAAAUUUCAACAUUCGAUUGGCAAGUUAUUGUACUUCGAUGAACAUAAAUUGGACGACCGUAUCAUUUUGUCUCCCACUCUUCUUAUCGAUGCAUUUAAAUCAAUUGUUACAGAUUGGCAAUUUUGUGAAGGAGACAAGAAAAGAGAAGAAAUAUGGGAUACAAUGGGCAAGACAGGGGUGGUAUCAAAACAAGCAAUAGAAGGCGUUUGGAAAGGAAAGAAAUAUGUAAAAUUUUACCAACACAAAGAUUAUCUAUUAAAUGUCAUGACCCAUCUAGAUAUAUUGGUUGAACCAAAGAGAUAUGGUUCUGAUCACAACCGUAUCCCUGCUGAUUUCUACUAUAUUGCAAGUAUGGUACGAGCUAAAGAUGAUACUGGAUACCUUCAGUCUACGGGCUUCACAAACAGGAGUAUUUCCAUAGCCUUUGAACCGUCAUCAUUUAUGAUACCUCCUGCAUUAUCAUUUAGAUUUAUAAGUUACUGCCUAUGUGUCUGGGCAGUGAAAACACACGGCAAGACCAACAAGGAAAUGUUAUUCCAUAGGUCGGGGGUGUUCACCAUUGAUCCGUCUUUAGAUAUGUACAUUGCCUGCGAAGAUGAGAUUAUCAUUGCCCGUCUUGUUCAUGCCACAUCAAACACACUUAUAAUGAGGGAUGAAGCUACCAGCAUCUAUGAAUGUCUAACGUCAGCCUUAGAGAAAAUAAGUCAGCUGUAUAUUAGAGCAAGUAGCGACCAGACUCAAGCCAGUGAUGCAUCUUUUAUAACCAGGAUAUGUUGUAACUCACCAGAUAUCCCAUGCUUCUUCAAAGUCAUCGAUCUAGCAAACACAGACCAAUUUUGGAUAUGUCCUUCACAUGGCAUUGAACACAGCAUACACACAAUUACAUCGUGGAUUACAGAAGAGGAUGAAGAGAAGUGUACGCCAGGGUGUACAGUUACUAAAGAAAAGUUUCUGAAAGCGACACCAUUAGACCUACACUUACGUCGCCUGUCGUUAUUGUACAGUCCAUUUGAAGCUAAAGAGCUGGCAAUACAUUUGGGAUUGUCGAACAGGGACGUUGAAACCAUAUUAGAAACUGAAGAUCCAAAAACAGCAAGCUUUGAAAUAUUGAGACAAUGUCGAGAUAGCAGGAUGGUGUCAUUUAAACACAUCAAAGAGGCAUUAGAAAGAAUUGGGAAAGAAAGUAUCCACAUACUUUGCAAGCUUGUGAAAGGCCAACCUAUCGAUUUUGACAUGGAACCUGAGAAGUGGGAUCUGGUACCUACAGCAGAACACAUUGACAGAUUGGCUCCAUUGGUAGGAAAGAACUCCCUCCCGUUCCUAAUCGAGCUUGGAAUGGAUUUUCAUACCUGGGAACAGAUCAGCCACAGACAAAAUGAAAGAGAUUUGGUAAGACUGAACCGGGACAUCUUAGAAGAAUGGAGAUUUAAGUUUUGUAGAAUGCACAAUCUGAAACCAACUUUGAGAAAAGUCGCACAUGCAUUCAGUAACAUUGGCAAACAUAUAAAAAUCGUUGACAACACAUUAUCAGAUUUAUUUUAACUUUUUAAUAUCUUUAUUCAAGAAUGAUUUUCUCCUGUAUGUAUCUGGUGCAAACUAAUUCAAGAUUGCAUAUAAAUUAUUUCAACAUUUUAAGAAAUUGAAAAAUAAACAAACAUUGAAAACCAUGUGGUUAAGAAAUGAUUUUCUUUUCAAAUGUUUUCUCAAUUAACUCUGUAGAAAUUUUCUUAAUCUCUAUUAAAUUGGUAUAUCCUACCUGCAAGGCACAAAUUGUAAUGAAAUUCCAAAUACUUGUGCUUCGAAAUUUUCACUUUAUGUACAAAGUUGGAUUUGUUUCCCGCAUUGUUUGUGAUGACUUUGCAAAAUAUACUAAAAAUGCGUGACUUUUUUCCAGAAGAUGCACGACUUUUUCUUCUCCUGUCAUCCUUCAUUGCGAUUUUUGGGUCUUCUGUCUUGUUAUUUCUCUUUAUUUGCAAACAACUGUUCUACACGUGUACAAGUGAAAGGUUUAUCUAGUUAAAGAACCAGAUUGAACCCAUCAUUUGUCAGGAUUAUAGCAAUUGCUUUUUUCACCUGAUCCGUUUAUAUCUAUCGUUUGAUUUUGUCAAUUAUAUGGAUUUCCUUAAUCCUAUUUUAUUGUUUUCAUCCAGUGUUCACACCCCUAGCUAUGUCAUGUCUUAGUUUAACGACGACACGUUUUAUCCCAGGUCAUAUGGUUCACAUCAAAAUACUUUUUUUUUUUAAUAAUAAAUAGUCGUGUUUUACAAUACUAGUAUACUAAUCAUCAUGGAUAUAUUGUAUCAUAUAUACACAUAAACUGUAAAUGACUAAAUUAAAAAGGGUUGUGGUCAUUUUCAUUUCACUGGUAAUGUGAUAUUGUAAAUCAAUGUAUCCGAGAUAUCAUGACACAGUGCUUUAGUACGCGUUUCGUACUAUACUAAACGUGUGUUUACCAUUAAGCGCAAUAGAAAAACGCACAUUGGCCGUGUUCAUUUACACAAAUUGCAUGCAAUGUACAAGCAGGUAACUACGAUUUGUGGAGGAAUUAUAACCACCACUUUUCUUUUGAAUUUCCUAUGUUUUU